UGGAAAAUGAUGAGUUAAGAUCUCAAGCUGAGACCCGAUAUGAUAAAAUAAAAGAGCUCGAAAGUGAACUAUAUAAAACUCAAUUGAAUCACUCAAAUUUAAGCGAUGAAAACUUCAAGAAAUAUCAACGCGACCAAAAAAGUUUAUUAGAAUCAUGUGAAAUGGAUUUGAGAUCACAAUACCAUGAGAACAUUGAUAUUCGCAAUAGCCAGAAUGAAUGUGAAAUCAAGCUUAAAAAUAAAGAUUCUGCAAAUCCGGUGAUAUCGAGUCUGAAGAAAGAAUUAAAUGACUGUCAAUAUUCGUAUGGAGAGAUCAGAUAUAAGCUUAUGAGCAAUGGAUUUACCCUAAGGGACACAACCACUGAGCUAACAAAAUGCAAUUCUUCAUUACAUGAAAUUACCAACAAACUCAAUUGCUUGCAAGGAGACUCAAGCAAAUGCCUUACAACAACUACAUCAACUACGACUACAACAACUACUCCAAGCUUUCGAAUUAAAGAACGUGGAAGUGAAGAGUUUGAUUAUUAUUAUGAUUGACAAAUAAAUAAAAGCCUUCUAAUUAAAUAAAUAUGUGGAUAAAUUUGAAAAUUAAAA